AUGUCGUCAGAUAUACAGAAAAAUGUAGAAGACGAACAGCUGGUUGUGAAAUAUAGUGACUUAUUGAAAGAGACCAGUUCUGAACUGUGUUCUGCUACUUCUAAAAGGACACAUGUUUGUGAUUUUUGCUUUAAGGGAUUUUUAAACAGAAGUUCUCUCCAGUGCCAUUUACUGACACACACUGGCGAGAAACCUCACGUUUGUCAAGUAUGCAAAAAAGGUUUUACGCAAAAAAGUAGUUUGCAAACGCAUAGUUUAAUACAUAUAGGCAUGAAACCUCAUGUCUGUGAGGUGUGUUCACGUUCAUUUACUGACAAAAGUACCUUGAGGAAACAUUAUCUUAUUCAUUCAGGUGAAAGACCCCAUGUUUGUGAUGUUUGUCAAAGAGGAUUUGUUCAAAAAAGUACAUUGCUAAAGCAUUAUAUGACUCACACUGGAGAUAAACCACAUGCAUGUGAAACUUGUGGCCGAAAAUUUGCACAGAAAUUCAGCCUUCAGACUCAUUAUUUAACCCAUAUGAAAGAAAAACCAUUUGAAUGUCCCUUAUGCAAUAAAAAAUUUACUUCAAAAUGCAAAUUGGGUCGACACGAAAAAACACAUUCUAAUGGUCAUCUUUUUCUUUGUACAAUUUGCAACAAAAGUUUUAAGGCUAGGGUUAGUUUAGAAAAACACAUACAUACAAAUGCAUUUGACUAA